AUGACUGCUUUGCCCGAUUUCAGUCAAGAUUACUUUAAUUCAGAAGAAGAAUUGCAGACUGCUGAUGAGAUUCUUCAAGAGUCUAACGAAGCAGAUCCAUUUUUAAUCGAUCUUGAAAACGAUGUGGCUAGUUUAGCUAUUUCAGCUGGAGGAACAACUACGACAACUUACGACCCUGCUUCUGACCUGACCUCUUUAUUGGAAGCAGACGAUGAUAUUCCAGAAGAUUUUGAAUCAGAUUUACAACAGGUUGACAAUUUGCCGUCUUUAGAUUCAAUCUUACAGGCUCCAGAUGAUUUUGAGGCUGAGUUACCGGCGAUGCAAGAUUUGCCUACAUUGGAUAGUAUACUAAAUGAGUCAGUGGAUGAUCCUUUCCUUACAGAUGAGUUAGGAUUUGAUAUUCGAUCAGAAACUUCUGAUAAUCAGUCUGCUAAAUCUGGGCAUAGCAAUUCAGAAUCUGGAGCAAGCACAUCUGCUGCUCCAUUUGAUUCGCGUCGGAGACAUAAAUCGCAUGGAAAAAAGUUAUUGGUCAAGCAUGAUGUCUCUGGUUCAAUUGUCAAAGUGUCUAAGUUACAGACUUUAACUGCUCAAAUAUGCAAAAAAUCGGCGUUGUCAUCUCUGGUUGCAAUUGGAACAAUGAAUGGUUUAACUUUAGUCUUUGAUCUACGUGAAAACUUAAAGCAUGUUCUAGGAGGGAAAAAAUCUGCAAUACAUUUAGGGUCAGUUACUGCCGUUGAUUUUAAUACUGAUGGAUCAAGGUUGUUAACUGGUUAUCAGAAUGGGCAGAUUUUUAUGUGGGAUACUCAAAAAGGGGAAAUUAUAAGAAAUUUAACAAGCGCUCACCCUCCUCUAACAGUUUUACAAUUAAAGGUUGAUAGCAUUUAUUAUUAUUAUUGUUUUACGGAUGACCCAACUCUAGCCAUAUUUAGUGAUGCAAGCGGGUCUGCAUAUACCUUGUCAUUUACCCGUAAAAUGGGGAUUCGUGGUUACAAUAAAAGAAUUAUUGUAGAUGGAAGUGAUGCCACUGUUUGUUCCCUGGAACCCUUACACAUAGAGGAGAAAAGAAAAAAUCACCGAGCUAGCAAUCUACAAAUUGUUGCUAUGACGACAUUAUUGCGAAUCGUAUUUGUAGCUCUAAAGCCUGAGCCUAAAGUGUUGCUUACAAUUCCUAUUAAAGCUAAUGAGGAUGAUAUACCAGCUUUAUCUUGGCAGUUUAGUUUAAUUAAAACUGAUGGAAAUAGUGAAGUUAUGGAGCCGGUCUUAGCCGUCGGAAGGGGCCAAAUGAUAGUAUUUUAUCAGUGGAUGACGCCUCAUUUAUUAGUAAUAGUUGAUGUUAAUCGUAAGGCUCGAGUAAUUUAUAUAAAAUCAGAAGAGCAGUUAGAGAUUAUUGACACCGCUGCUAUAGAGUUAGUUACGCCGAGUUAUUUACGAUCUUCCACGUCAGUAGAAGGGAUCAGUGAGAGAUUGAUUGCCUGUCAUAGGCGAGCAUUUUUUAGCACUGUCGUUUCGUUUCGGGGAGAGAUCGCGCUUGCAGGCACUAAGGCUAUUUACGUUCUUCGAUUGAGAACUUGGAAAGAGAGGAUAGAUUAUUUCGUAGAACUAAAUAAAUAUUCAGAGGCAUUAGCACAGGCUUUAGCUUUCUAUGACGACAGAGCCAAAUGUACUAUAGGCUUACCAAGUAAUGAUGAACAAAGACAGGCUAUUAUUGCCGAUGAGAUAAUCAAGUUGCUCUCGCAGUUUGUCGAUUCUGCACUACAGUUUAUUCAUCAAGAAACUGUUGAAGGGACAGAUACUGAGUUGUAUUUUGCGGUUGAAUAUUAUCAAAACAGAGAAAUGCUGGAUAGAGUUGAGCAGUGUAUACUUCAUCUACAAGUAACAUCAAUGGAUUUUCAUCAGAUUGUGAAUCUAUGUUGGACGUACGGCUUAUAUGAUGCAAUCAUCUACGUAUACGCUCAAGGACUAAAGGAUUACAUGACACCAGUGGAGGAAUUAUACAAGAUUAUUCGGAACAAAUUGAAUUCUGGAGUACCAAUUUUAACGGAAAGGAAAUCAUACCCACGCUUUCGUACUUUCUUAAAGUUCGAUUCCCGUGAAUUUCUUAACGUUCUGGCUUUAGCAUUUGAAGACGAGGACUUUGGGAUUAAUGAGAGUGGUUUUGUAGCCAUUGAUGGACGGCAACUUGUUAUUGAUAUCUUACUAGAAGUGAUGCUUGAGCCUACGCAGAGUAAUGUGGAAGAAAUUAGGAAUCUGUUUACAUUUAUAGCUCGACAAGUUGCAAAACCACAAUCUAACAUUAUAAUAAGCAGCCAUCUUAUUGAUCAGGUCUUAGAGUAUUUAUGUAAUGCUAUGGAUAAGACUAGAAUGGAGGAACGUCAGCAGGUAUGUCAGGUUAUAUAUGAGCAAAAAGGACAAUUGGCUAAUGUAUUAUCAUGCUAUUGGAGAGACGAUAGUCGUAAGGAUUUAGUAUUUGAUUAUAUCAAUGGCUUUCUUCAAGAUGAAAAAAUUAUCGAGUUCGAUAGAGUUGAGAUGAAAAAAAUUGUACUUGCACAUAUUGAGGAUUUAUUAAGUGUAGACAAUAUAGCUGCAGCGCGCUUGCUUGCUGUUGAUUUUAAGAUUGAUUUACCUACUCUUAUGAUACAAUUAAUGGGAGAGUCUAAAGUUCUGUUUAGUUUAUUGGAUGGUAUUUAUAAUGGGAAUACGGGUGUUUUGGCUACGAAAUCCGACAUCGUAUCUGAUCCUGAGUCUCAUGAAAAAUAUAUCGAGUUAUUAUGUAGAUAUAAUCCGGGUGAUGUUUAUCCACAUUUAAAAGCUAUAGAAGGAUACCGACCGGAAGUUGCACUAAAGAUAUGUCGUCAGUUCAAGGUAAUGAACGCUACGGCUUACUUACUUGAACUUAUUGGAGAAAUUGAAGAAGCAUUUCACUUAAUUAUUAAGGAUUUUAACGAAAAGUUUUCGGAAUUAACGAAAGCCUGCAGAGUCGGCAAUCUUUCAAGAGAAAAUAUGGAUCAAUCUAUCACUCAAACGGAAAGCAUGUUACAUGCCAUUGUAAAAUUCUGCAAACGAGGUUCUAAUAAAAUUGUUCAAGCACGACGAGAGGCUAUUUGGUUUGAAUUACUGGAUGUUGUGCUUGUACCCCAGGCAAUAAAGGAAAAUUUUAGCCAAGAUUCUAUUGAAGUCUUUAUGAAUAUGGCAAAUAUUGUUUUAAAUAACAUGAUGGGUUUUAUUUCGAUUCCGCAAGUUCUUCGAAAAAUUAUGAUGGACUCUUCUUAUAAUAGCAAAUUUGGAGACAUUAAAUCCUUAAUACUAGGAUUGUUGGAUACGUAUAUUUACGAGGAAACAUUGUUGACAUCAACUAUUAAACUAUUGUCGCAAGAUCUCUAUACUUCAUUGAGAAGUUUUGAGGUCAAUAACAAAAAAGGCAUUCAACCUGGUCGAUUUUUUUGUGAGAUUUGCAGGCGAACACUUUUAUCUGAUAAAGAACGGCUUGAUGAUGAAGCGGCUGUUUUUAACUGCGGUCACAUGUUCCAUAUCAAAUGUUUAGAAAUUUCGUUACCCUCAAGGCAAUUUGUAUGCAUAUUAUGUGCGGGAAUAAGAUCAACUAGUACUGGCAGUAUUUCACUAAGUCGUCAGCAAUCUACAACGAAUUCAGUGGGAUUUGAAAGCAAUUCUAAACGCAGUUCUAAAAGCCUUGGAUUAGCAGAAGCAUUUCACAAUACUGUUGACAACCAGAAGUUAAAAAAAUAUGAACAUUUUAUUAGAACAACGAAAACUUCAUCAAAGAUAGCUAUGUUGGCUGAGUUAUCGAAAGCGAGAGAUGGCGUGGAAAGUUUUUCUGAUGAAAGUCGCUUAAUUAGCGAAGACUUCAAAUUAAAGUCGAUGCCACAAGGAAGUUUUGAUCUCUCGCGAUGCUAA